AUGUCGCUAACUAUGACGCGAAAAUUAAGUGAAUGCCAAGCAGAAACGGUACAAUUUAUGGCAAUAGAAAAAGUCCAAGAAAAAUGUGCACAUGAAAAAGACUGUUGUGGAAAUACCCUUCUUCAUAGAGGGAAAAAAUUAGAAGAAGAUAAUAACAAUUUAACAAAAGAAGACAUAGAAUAUAUCAAUUAUCGGCAACUCCUUAAGUAUGAGCAAGCACCAGUAUAUCUUCAACAUAACCCAUUUAUUAGAGAUGGUUAUCGGAAACUGUUACCAACUCGGCUUUGUUGGGAAAGCAUAUUCUGGUGGACAAACGAAACAAUGAACAUUUGGACACACAUAUUCGGCUUCUUCCUUCUGGGCUCUCUGACGAUCAACGAUCUCGCGAUAAUAAACAUCCACGCAACGGUCACGGAUAAGACGGUCGCCGCAAUUCUCUUCUCAUGUUUUCUAAUAUGCAUGGCGCUGUCUGCUCUCUAUCACACGUUCUCGUGUCGUUCAGAACCUGAUUACAACACAUUUCUGAUGUACGACCUCUUCGGUAUCGCUCUCUCGCUGCUGGCUAUCUACACGUCAGGCAUUUACUAUGCCUUCUGGUGUAAUCAUAGCCUCCAAACCUUCUACAUGCUGUCAGUGACCGUCAUCUUCACAGUGGCAAUGCUGCUGCAGGUCCCUCGCUUCGAGGUGCCCUACUUGGUGAAGAUGUGCGUGUUCAUUGGCUGGGCAGCAUAUGGAGUAGUUCCCACGCUACAUUGGACAUACGUAAUGGGCGGUUUCCACAACCCCAUGGUUGAGAUGUUCUUCCCCCGAGUGAUAGGAAUGUACAUUAUAAGUGGCACCGCGUUUGCCAUCUAUGCCUUUAAGAUUCCAGAGCGCUGGUUCCCUGGAAAGGUCGAUUACAUUGGUCACUCGCAUCAGUGGUGGCACGUCCUCGUUCUUGGCGCUCUUUACUACUGGCACAACACCGCAAUGAUGUACGUCCAAUACCGCAUGAACCACGGCUGCGCCAACAACAUGAGGAUAUUCUAG